GACCCUAAUAAAUAGAAUAAAUAAAGCUCCUUGGCUGGAAAAGCACACGGCGGAGGGAGAAAAUGAAGAUGCUAUCCGUUCUCAAGACAUACUUUGGGUAUUCUGAGUUCCGACCCUAUCAGAAGGAGGUGAUACAGAAAAUAAUUGACGGCAGAGACUGCUUGGUCGUGAUGGCCACCGGCUCCGGAAAGUCUUUAUGCUAUCAGGUUCCUCCCCUGGUUGUCGAAAAGACUGCUAUAGUUGUAAGCCCUCUAAUAUCGCUGAUGCAGGACCAGGUCAUGUCCUUGAAACAAAGGGGUAUCAGAGCUGAGUACCUUGGAAGUGCUCAGAAUGAUCCCACCGCUCAGUCCAAAGCCGAGACUGGUCAUUUCCAUUUAUUGUUCUUGACUCCCGAGAAGGCAUGCUUGCUUCCUACCAGCUUCUGGGAAAAAUUGCUCAAGGCUGGGAUCUGUCUCUUUGCUGUUGAUGAAGCACAUUGCAUAUCAGAGUGGGGCCAUGAUUUCAGGGUGGAAUACAAGAAGUUAGACAAGUUACGCGGUAUUCUCUUGGAUGUUCCGUUUGUUGGCUUAACUGCUACUGCUACCGAAAAGGUCCGAACUGAUAUUGUGACUUCCCUUAAUAUGAAAGAUCCUUAUGUUGCCAUCGGAUCCUUUGAUCGUAAAAACCUAUUUUAUGGAGUGAAGCAUUUUAAUCCUAGUCAGCUGUUUUUGGACGAGCUUGUGCAAGAAAUUUCAAAGUUUGUAGCCACAUCAGGCUCAUCUAUCAUUUAUUGCACUACAGUUAAAGACGUUGAGCAGAUUUUCAGCUUGCUUCAGCAGGUGGGAAUUAAUGCAGGAAUUUAUCAUGGUCAAAUGGGUAGUAAAGCUCGUGAGGAGUGCCACAGAUUAUUUAUAAGAGAUGAAUUGCCGGUCAUGGUUGCCACUGUUGCUUUUGGAAUGGGAAUUGAUAAGCCCGACAUACGGCAUGUGAUACAUUAUGGUUGCCCAAAAAAUCUGGAGUCCUAUUAUCAGGAAACUGGGCGAUGUGGUAGAGAUGGAAUGCCUUCCGUUUGCUGGCUUUAUUAUACAAGAAGUGACUUUGCAAAGGCUGACUUCUACUGUAGAGAAUCAAAAAAUGAUAAUCAUAGAAGACACAUCAAGGAGUCACUUAUGGCUGCACAGCACUACUGCUUGCUAACAACCUGCAGAAGGAAGUUUUUGCUUGGUCACUUUGGAGAGACACUUUCAGCUGACAAUUGCGGAAAUUGUGAUAACUGUCUGACAUCAAGGACAGAGCGUAACAUGUCUAUGGAAGCAUUUUUGUUAUUGGCUUGUAUCAAGUCCUGUGGGGGUAACUGGGGCCUUAAUAUGCCAGUGGAUGUUCUCCGUGGGUCUCGAUCAAAAAAGAUUCUUGAUGCACAAUUUGACAAGCUUCCUCUUCAUGGACUCGGAAAAAGUUACGCAUCAAAUUGGUGGAAAGCAUUGGCAUACCAACUCAUAUCUUAUGGUUAUUUGAUGGAGACUAGCAAAGAUGUUUACAGAACUAUAAGGAUUAGUCCAAAGGGAGAGCAAUUCCUUAAUUCUGCUAAAUAUGAUCAUCAGCCACCACUAGUUUUACCACUGACAAGCGAGAUGGUUGAUGAUGAAGAACAACAAAGCAAAACAAGGAAUAUUGGAGAAUUCACAAGUUCAUCUACAUUGCAACAGGAGGGAUUUUCAGAGGCUGAGCUGCAACUCUAUCAAAUGCUUUUAGAAGAGAGAAUGAAGCUUGCUAGAAGCAUUGGAACUGCUCCAUAUGCCAUAUGUGGUGAUCAAACAAUAAAAAAAAUUGCAUUGACAAGGCCAUCUACCAAAGCAAGGUUAGCAAAUAUUGAUGGUGUCAACCAGCACCUUGUAAUGAGACAUGGGGAUCAUCUUCUUCAAACUAUUAAACAUCUAUCUGAAAGACUAAACCUCUCCUUGGAUGGGGAAGUGAACUUUCCAACUACAGUCACAACAAAAAUCUGUACAGUGCCCAACAAUGAGCGAAAAUUGACACCUGCCAAGUUUGAAGCUUGGAAAGCAUGGCAUGAAGAUGGCCUUUCCAUUAAGAGCGUUGCAAACUUGCCUGGUAGAUCAGCUCCUAUAAAAGACUCAACUGUUCUUGAAUAUCUUCUGGAUGCUGCCCAAGAAGGAUGUGAGAUUGAUUGGACUAGAUUAUGUGAUGAGAUUGGAUUUACAGUUGAAAUCUUCUCAGCUAUCCAGAAUGCCAUUGUAAAGGUUGGCUCUAUAGAGAAGUUGAAGCCCAUAAAAAAUGAAUUACCGGAAGAGCUCAGUUAUGCAUACAUCAAGGCUUGUUUGGUAAUGCAGAACAGCAGAGUGUCCCCAGAGGCGUUUGCAUUGUCUCACCACGACACACAGAAAUCUGAUGAAGUUGAUACAAGAUGGACGGUGGGACAGAAUGAAGAUGAGAUUUCAGGCAGUAAUGCAGUUUCUCAUUGCAGCUUGCAAACCAAUGAAGAAAGAUUCACCUUAACAGAGACACGGGGACGACAACUAUCCAUAGCCAGUGGUGAUGAUGGCAAUCUAUUCUCAAGGAAACGCCAUAAAGCUGAUCAACCUAAUGAAAAUUCAACUGCAUUAGAGGCAACUGAAAGUUGUGUGUUAAAUUGGUUGAAGAAUAAUGAUAAAGGGGUUUCACUGUCUGAUAUUUUAGAGCACUUCAAGUUUUGUAAAGAAGAAGAGGUGGUUGAUUUAUUGGGGAAACUCGAAGGUGACUUCAUGGUGUUCAAGAAGAAUGAUGUGUAUAGGCUUUUGUAGAGAGAUGCAUGGACUUGUGCACCUAUCUCUAUGUGAAUUCUUUUCUUUCUUGGUUGAAUAGCUAUGUGACUCUUGGUGAUGAUAGGGAAGGAUAUGCUUGAGUUUGGUGGAAUUGGUAAUUACCAAAUUACCAAAUUAAAAGAGAGAAUCUUGUUUUACAAUUUGGAUUGAUUUUGGAUGGUAAAAUAAGAAUAAAAUUUUAAAGAAUUU